AUGUUCUUUCUGUGUGGGUCAGGCGAUAUAUCAGUUGGCCAGAGCUAUGUAAGCAAGAAUGAUCUCAUAUCUGCCUUGCGAGUGAAGGCAGUGAAGUCUAGAUUCGCCUUCAAGGUUUCUAAGUCUACUACCAAGCUCUAUGUGGCAAAAUGUUUUGUAGAUGGAUGCAAAUGGAUGUGCAGAGCUGCUAUAAAGAAUGAGGCAAAGAGGUUCUUUGUCACAAAGUAUGUCAAGGUUCAUACAUGCUCUGUGGUGGACCGUGCUCGAUUCCGCAAGGGAUGUACUCCAAGGUAUCUUGGGCAGAUAUUUGUAGAGCAGUUUGGAAUCAUUGAUGGAAUUGUCCCAAGGCAUAUUGCUUCCGCGAUAAGGGUGUUGCUUGGACUUAAGCUUAACUACACCACUGCUUACAGAGCUUUAAAAGCUGCCCAACUUUUUGUUAGGGGAACACCAGAAGCUGGAUAUGCGGCUUUGCCCUCGUACUUGCGAAGAGUGAAGCAGUCAAACCCGGGCUCCGUGACUGACCUUGUAUGUGAGGCUAAUGGUCAAUUCAAAUACUGCUUCUUGUCCUUGUAUGCUUCAAUGGUUGGCUUUCAGUACUUGAGACGUGUUAUUGUGGUAGAUGGGACUCAUCUAACUGGAAAGUAUGGAGGAACAUUGCUGGUUGCAGCCGGACAAGAUGCUAAUUUUCAGGUUUUCCCGUUGGCAUUUGGGAUUGUAGAUGCCGAGAAUAACGAAUCAUGGGGGUGGUUUAUGAACAAGUUGCAGCAAUGCUUUUCAUCUCAUCACAUGGUCAUUAUUUCGGACAGGCACCCCUCCAUACCUAAUGCAUGUCUCAAUGUUCUACCUUGGGUAACCAGAGGUAUUUGUUACUACCAUCUUCAGGGAAACAUUGUCUCAAAGUCAGAGCUGGGUGCAAAGGAUUUGAUGUACUUGGUGAAAGGAGCUGCAUACGCCCAUACGCUGAGAGAGUAUAACCGUUGCAUGGCAUCAAUCCGGGCUGCUAAACCUGCACUUGCGAACUACUUAGAGUUAGCAGAUCCUAAGUUAUGGUCCAGAGUACAUUUUCCAGGGGAUAGAUACAAUAUAAAGACAAGUAACAUUGCUGAAUCUAUCAAUUCCGCAUUGAAGAGAGCAAAGGGCUUUCCAAUACCGUAUCUGCUGCAAUUCAUCCGGGAGAAGUUGGGGGUUUGGUUUGCCAAAAGGCGAGAGGACGCCUUGAGUCUUCAGACCCCAUACAGCAAGGGAGUUGAAUAUUUGCUAGCUAUUCGUACACACCACGCAGAAACAUACACUGUGGAACACAUAGAUGGAUGGACUUUCAAUGUUAUAGGCGGAGGAGGGCAUUAUAUUGUGAAUUUGGAAAACCGUUCCUGCGAAUGUGGUGUAUUCCAGAUUGAGAAAAUACCUUGUUCACAUGCGAUUGCAGCGUCUACUGAGGCAAACAUGCACAUUUCGCAAAACGUGUGUAUGACAUACACGAAAGAAUCUUUGUAUGCAACAUAUGCACGUCCCAUAUACCCGGAGCCUACAGAAGAUGCAGAGGAAGAAGAAGACAUUUGCUUACCUCCAGAAGUGGCGCCAACUCGUGGCCGGAAAAAGAAAUCAAGGUAUCUAACAUGGCUAGAAUUGUCAAGGAAGAGACAGCCCAAACCAAGGAAGGUCCACAAAGUUUAUAGCUGUUCGUUGUGCAGGGUUCCAGGACACACCCGACCUCAUUGUGUAAGCCAUUGA